UUCAAUGGAGGUCGGAACCCCUGUAAAAUCUCAACAAAAGGUCUCAAACUUUCUCUUCAGCUCAAUGCCAGAAUCUCUCUGUCUGUUUCUCUCCGGCUGAAAGUUUCCAUUUGGGCAAAUGGCUGUGUUCUUAAGUGGUAAAGUUGCAGUCUUUUUUCCUCACAGAGUUAACCUUAACCCAGGCCUUAGUUCACUCGAUUCUUUAAAGCAUAAUAGCAGUAAACUACAGCUUCAAAUAAAGUCUGGAGUUCCAUCAAAAAAGUUGCAUCAAUCACGUGCCUUGGUUGUUAGAAGCGAUCAUCCACAAAAUGCAGAUUUCCCUCGGCACUACUCAAAGAGGGAAAAGAAGCCAUUUCCAGUUCCUGUACUGGAGCUGAGGCGAAGAGCUAGAGAGAGGACCAAAAAUCGGAAUAACCAACCCAGAAGACCCAUUCCACCUCCAAAAAGAGGGUUGCUUGUUAAACACCUUAUACCAGUUGCUUAUGAUGUGCUAAAUGCAAGGAUUACACUGAUUAAUAAUCUCAAGAAGCUCUUGAAAGUGGUGCCUGUGCAUGCUUGCGUAUCCUGUACUGAAAUCCAUGUGGGACCUGUUGGUCAUCCUUUCAAGUCAUGCAGAGGCCCAAAUGCUUCACUGCGGAAGGGUCUUCAUGAGUGGACGAGUGCAGCCCUUGAAGAUGUACUCUUACCAGUUGAAGCAUACCACCUUUUUGACCGUUUACAAAAUCGUAUUCGUCAUGAUGAGAGGUUCACAAUUCCCAGAAUUCCAGCAGUGACUGAGCUUUGCAUCCAAGCUGGUGUAGAUAUUCCAGAAUUUCCCACAAAAAGGAGAAGAAAGCCGAUCAUUCGCAUAGCAAAACGAGAAUUUGUUGACGCUGAUGAAAGUGAACUGCCAGAUCCUGGUCCACCAGUUCCCUUGAAACCAAUAUUAACUGAAAUUCCUGAUUCAGAAAUAGUUGCUCCAUCUGAUAAAGAAGAGAUAGUCUUGCUUGCAGAGGAAACACUCCAAGCAUGGGGAAAGAUGAGGACGGGAGCCCUGAAGCUGAUGAAGAUGUACCACGUGAGGGUUUGUGGAUAUUGCCCAGAGGUGCACGUUGGACCUUCUGGGCACAAGGCACAGAACUGUGGGGCGUUCAAGCACCAGCAACGGAAUGGCCAACAUGGUUGGCAAGCAGCAGUUCUUGAUGACUUGAUACCACCAAGAUAUGUCUGGCAUGUCCCCGAUGUCAAUGGACCACCAUUGCAACGGGAGUUGAGGAGCUUCUACGGUCAAGCUCCUGCUGUGGUGGAAAUCUGUGUGCAGGCUGGUGCAGCUGUGCCGGAUCAAUACAAGUCAACGAUGAGGUUAGAUAUCGGAAUCCCGUCCAGUGUUAAAGAAGCUGAAAUGGUUGUUUAAGUUGCUAUCUGUAUAUUCUUAUCUUCCUCAUUUAAGCAAAUUAUAAGUGUAUCUGGACUAUUGAAAUGAAUUGAUAUACAGUACAAGCUUAUUUUUGUCGAA